GGUCCGCCUCUCCUCCCCAACUCAAUUCAGCUGUUUCGUCGCAAAGCGUCCAAGUGGCAGAGGAAAGGGAAAGGAGAGGGGGGCGACUGGUGUCCUAGAGAAGGAAGAAAAGUAAACGGAAUUAAGUAUUAGCACCACCCGUCAGCAGAAAGUUGAAGCGGCACUACUUUGAAGUCGCAGCUUUGGUCCAUGCAGAGACAGUCUAUGGUGUAAACACGUUAGUGGAGUUGUGACAUUGCGCGGUGAGCGACACGGCACAGGGAAAGGUCUCCUCCCAGUCUGUUGACGGAUACAGCUCGGCUCCAGUGAAAGGACACACGGCAGGACCUGACUAUACUACCUCGGCCAGUGCUGUGGUGCCCAGGAUGUCUUCGAAGGCGCACAGUUCCAACAACAUCGCCCACGCCCGGCGGACGGUGCAGCAGCUGAGGAUAGAGGCCAGCAUCGAGAGGAUAAAGAUCUCCAAGGCCUCUGCAGACCUCAUGAACUACUGCAAUGAACACGCCAGGAACGACCCCCUGCUCAUCGGCAUCCCCGCCUCAGACAAUCCCUUCAAGGACAAAAAAACCUGCACUAUAUUGUAGUGGACGCCACUUAGCUUUGAUGUGUUUUUUGCUUAUUAAUGUCGCUGUAUUCUUUUUGUUGGGAUAAGUGCUGGGGGGUGGGGGGGGGGGGGGGGGGUGUCAUCAUCACCAUGUGUUCUGUUAUUUUUUCUGGACAGCAGUGUGUGAUGAGCGCUCCCCUUAAGCUCGGACCACUAGCAGGGAGAAGUUGGCCUCCUCCUCAGUGAUGCAUUUGGUUCUUCUUCAUGUCAGCAUGUCUCCUGUUCAUCUGCCAGUGACUUUUCUCUCUCUCUGGUUUGCCUUAAUGGAUUGAUACAGGCAAAGUUACCUUUUUAGAAUCUUAAAUACAUUUUAGUUUAAGGCGAGACACUACAGGCUAAAAAAAAUGGUCAUCCUCCUUUCAGUUUCGGGAGCUUUACUCUAACAUGUAUCUUUCAAAACAUUCAAAAUACACAUUAAGUCAUUAUUUUCCACUUUUUGAGCUUGUGGAUUGCUCAAAUUCACCCAAAGUUAGGCAUUUGAUGAUGUCAUUUGUUUGCAUAUUUCUACAAACACUUUCAGAACGACUUGUAAUACAAAAAAAAAUGGUCUUAUUCGAGGUGAAUAACUGAAGUUUCAUACUGAUAUAGAUAUUACUGUCUCUGCAAAGGCUAACAUGCCUGUCUCCCCCCCCCCCACACACAUACACGCCUGAAAUGCCUUCAUUGGACUCCUUUGUUUACUUUUGUAACAUAGUGACAUCACUAUGUAACACUGUAUUGGCUAGCGCUCCAACACAUUGUACGUGAUAGGCUAAGGGGCGGGACAUAUCUAAGCGGUUGACCAAUCAUUUAUAUAAGAUGUUAUUCCUAAAAGCACGUUGUUGAAAAGCAUAUUUUUAAUACAAAGAGAAAUCCCAAAUUCCUAGUAAAAAUGCCUGAGAUUUGAAAGGCUGGAUUUAUCCAAUGUUUAGAUUCCUGAAAAGGAAAUUAAUGCAAAUUAGCACAUAUUAUUUCAUUCCCUCAUUUGCAUAUUUUCAUGUAGAAUUUCAAGAAAUCCACCUGUAGUGUUUCGCCUUAAAUGAAUAAUAAUGCUUCCCACCAGUGUUUUAAAGAUGGCCUUUAUUCCAGUGUUGCCAUGAAGUGUCUCUAAUUAAUGACAGUACUGGUAAAACUCAAAGUAUUCUGCAUCCCGGCCGACUGGCUGCGACAAUCAGUAUGUACCAUGAUACAAUGUUGUCUUGAAUGAGAGACACAUUCCAUACAAACAUCUAUAAUCCAAGAAGAUCUAUGCUCAGAUUAAAGCCUUUGGGAUGAUAUGACUGGGAUGUCAGCUGCACAAUAUGGAGUGAAUGAAGCAACAAGGAAAAUCUUCGGGCACGUUCUUUUUUGAUAUGGUAAAUUAAAAGCCAAACCAAUGAUACUACUUUUAAAAAAACACCUCAAUGGAGUGGUGCAGUAAUGAGUACUGAAACCUGGAGAUGAGUUGACACACACAAUCCAUCGUGUUGUAGGUUGAUUGAAGCGUAGCGUUAGCCGAUAGCAUUGACCCUUCAAAAAUCAUAAAGCAGUGUUAAUAUAAGAUGAUCCUACUGAACAGAACAUGCAAGUAUCAGAAACCAGCCACAGAGCUUAUUUUCUGCAUUAUACCCGAAUCUAAUAGAACAAAUCCAUUGCUUUUUGUCACGGCAGCGCUCUGCGAUGCUAACUUCUGGGUCGGCCUACAAUAAUAGGUCAUCACUGCACCACUCUAGGCGUCUGAAUGAGUCUGUUUGUAGCUUUUCCUGCUAAAAAAAAAGUUCUGUGGUACGAUAGUUUUGGGACACUGAGCUACGAUUACCUGAAGUGUGUAUGUGCUAUCCUCAAGUGUUUAUAGGUUCAGGUACGUUAAUGAUAAAAACCACUCCCCCAGUACUGCUCUCACAUUCUUCAUGUUUUUGAAUUUGUGUCGGUGUUCAGACUCGUGAUUCUCUGGGUGACGUGAGAAAAAUUCUUAAUGUCUUACACUUCUAAGCCUUACUUAUGUUUGCCUUGUUUUGUGAAGAACACUCCACCUGGAGUACUUUCUUUAAAAAAAAAGUUCCUAUCAAAUGUUCUACUUGUGGGAAGAUUUGUAACAUGGUGCCAUCGGUUUUCAUGUCACUAACUAAACAUGUUUCUGUGUUUCCCUUUGUGGUGCUCCUCUCUCAGUAUCCAUAAUCUGUUUUUAACCAGUGGGUUUUUUAUGAUUUCUUACUUGCAAUAAAUAAAUCCUACAUGCCCCUUAAGGAUCAGAUUACCACUGCCAUGUCAUGAUUUUCCUGUCCUUUCAGCGACUCCGCAACUGCCUUACUGCACCACUGAUAGAUUAAUUUAACUGUCAAAAUCUUGACUUUUGAUAAACGUCUUUAUUAAUAUACCGAUCUUUGUAUGACGACCUAACUGAGAUGUAUAAAGUGAAGCUUUCCUGCAGUUCUACGCUGUGCUAAUAUCUCAAUAAAGGUGUCAAAAGAUGA